AUGAAGAUCACAUUUUUGACUGCUGUUGCUGCUGCUCUUGUAACUCUCCCCAAUGCUAAUGCAUUUCCUGCUUUAAGGUUUUGGAACAAUGUUUUAUCGACAACAACAGGAAUGGAUGACUCAAUCUUGAUUGACGUUAAGGAGGCUCCACAACACGAAUUUGCAGGUUCGGGUUUUACAAAAGAUGUUGCUUCUGGUAAUGAGGAAGUGUACAAUGUUGAUUUUGAAUCUUUUCAGCAGGAGAAUAUUUUGGAUGAGUCAGUUUACAAAAAGCUUCCAGAAAUUGAUACCGAGGAGUUGCAAUCUUUGGUUAACAAAAAGGGUCUAAGAGAAAGAGCAGAAACUCUUUUUAAUUUGGCUGGAAAGUCUAAUGAGACUUAUGGCCAUCCAACCAGAGUGAUUGGUUCUCCUGGCCAUUUUGCCACUGUUCAUUAUAUCAUUAAAGAAUUGAGAAAACUUGGUGGUUACUAUAAUAUCAUCACGCAAAGCUUCAAAGCCAUUGAUGGUCAUGUUGAGUCAUUUUCGUUAUUGAUUGACGGUAUUAAACCUAAGAGUUUGCAAGCUUUGGCAUUGACUCCUCCUACCCCUAACAAGGCGCCAGUCCAUGGAGACUUGGUGUUGGUAUUGGAAAAUGGGUGUUCUUUGCAUGAUUUUCCACUGAAUGCCAAGGACAACAUUGUAUUGAUCCAGCGGGGACAAUGUUCUUUUGGUGACAAGUCGAGAAAUGCUGGUAAAGUUGGUGCAUUGGCCGCAGUGAUUUACGACUCCAACGGGCCAUUACUGGGAACCUUGGGCACUCCCAAUGGAGAAGAGGUGCCUACGUUGGCUGUUUCUGAAAAGGAUGUUGCAGACUACAUUGACAAGUUGCAAAAAAAUCCUAAUCACAAAUUUGAAACAACAUUGUUUAUUGAUUCUUAUGUUAAGAAUAUUUCCACCUUAAAUGUUAUUGCCGAGACCAAGUUUGGCGAUCAUAACAAUGUUGUUGCGUUGGGUGCUCAUUCUGAUUCGGUUGGGGAAGGUCCAGGAAUCAAUGAUGAUGGUUCUGGAACGAUCUCGUUAUUGGAGGUUGCCAAAUAUUUGACCAAGUUCAAGAUCAACAAUGCGGUUAGAUUUGCUUGGUGGGCUGCUGAAGAGGAAGGAUUAUUGGGAUCCGACUAUUAUGCUAACAACUUGUCAGAAGAAGAAAACAGCAAGAUCAGAUUAUUUAUGGAUUACGAUAUGAUGGCGUCUCCAAAUUAUGAGUAUGGAAUCUACGAUGCUAAUAACAAAGACCACCCUGAUGGUAGUGGUAACUUGAAGGACUUGUAUGUUGAUUGGUAUGAGCAGCAUGGCUUGAACUAUUCAUUGAUGGCAUUUGACGGAAGAUCAGAUUAUGUUGGGUUCAUUGAUAAUGGUAUUCCAGCUGGUGGUAUCGCCACUGGUGCCGAAGGUGUUAAGGAUAAAAAGUCUAAAGAGAAGUUUGGCGGUAAAGUUGGCGAAUGGUUUGACCCAUGUUAUCACCAAUUGUGUGACGAUUUGUCCAAUCCAAGCUAUGAAGCAUGGGAGGUUAGUACCAAAUUGAUUGCGCAUUCAGUAGCUGUCUAUGCCAAAUCAUUUGAAGGGUUCCCAACAAGAAAGUCAAAGAAGGAGAGUAUGCCAGAAGCUGAAGAAGCAAGUAUUGAACAAAAUAGUAUUACGCAAAGUCAAUUUAUCAGAAAAGGCGACAAGUUCAUUAUUUAA